GACACUCAGGAGGUGCGGAGACCUAUUUUGUUCUUGGCAUCUGAAAGUUGUUAUUAUCAUAUUAUGUUGACCACUGUGUCACUGCAGGUGAAGCUUGAGGAAGGUCUCCGGAUGCUUGAGGUUUUUAAGGAUCAUACCAGCAAGACUUCCAUUUUGGAUGGCUUCACUUUUUAUGAGAUACGCCAGAAGGUGAUGCAAGAAAGAAAGGCAAAGCAACAACAGCUUCAAAAAAAGGCUGUGGAUGGACUGCCAGGAGAUGUUGAGAAUAGCAAAGAUGGGACAAACUGGAAGCCCAGAUUACAGAAGCCUCUGGUUACAGUUUUGGAGAAGGGACCUGUCCAGGGUGAACUGAAGCCAUCUGAGGAAAGUGAGGCGCCUGCAGUGUCUGGUGUUAAUCCGAAGGAUGCUACACCGGUGACUGAGGAGCAGGUUAGCAAAAGUAGCAUCGCCGUUGGGUGUUAGGUUUGCGACCCAUUUGUCAUCCCCUGGAGCCAUUAGUUCCAUUUCUGGAAAUAGGUUUGAAAAAUAGUUUUGCUGCAUCCAAGAGGCUGGAAAUGGACAGCUGAGGCAAUAUAUUCUUUCUCCAAUUUGCUUGUGAUAAAGAUGGUAUAUAUUUCUCAGAUCAGAUACUUCCUUUCCACCGUCGUAGGGGGGUAUUUUUUUUUUCCUAACUUGUUUCUUCCAUCCUCUUGAUAGCGCUCCCAAUAAGUUGGGGGAUAUGUUGUUUUUUCCCUUUCCUGUUUUAUUUUCAUCAAUCGAUGUUUCUUUGCUUAGAAAAACAUAUUGAUAUUUAUUUAAUAUAUAUUUUCAUGUGUGUAUCUA